AUGGCUCCUUUGCUGUGCCAAACAGCCCCCUGUAACAACACCUUUGAUAAACUCUAUCUCCCCGCUAUUGAUUCCAACAAGCAGCUCACUGACAUCAAACCCAAAAAGAAUGUUAGCUUUGCCUAUUGCGUACAAGCUGUAGAAGUCCCUUCCGUUUCGGAGAUGACCAAACAAGAGUAUCGUUCCACCUUUUAUUGCUCCAAAGACUAUAGACAGAUUGAACGAGAGAAUGGAGAAAUUCUCCAGCAAAUGGAGAGGCAGCAGAAAGUCGAAGUUGAAACUGAAUCCUUGUACUUUCGUGGCUUGGAAGUUCAAUUGCCCAGAGCCAUGCAAGAACGGUCACGACUACGAAGAUUUGUGGUCUCGGAAGUCUUGCGAGAGCAAGGUCGCUAUGGAAGAAUUCGCAAGGAAUGGGUGGAGAACUUUUCUUCACGCUUUACAUCACAGAAUGCAGCAGCGGCACAACGACGGGGAGCAUGGGACAUGAGAGCCACUGCCAAGGACAGUGAUGAUUCUUCUUGUUCUCAAUGA